UCCCCAAUUAGUAACUUACAACAUUCUUAUUCAUGGGCUGUGCAAGUCAGGUCGAGGAAAAACUGCAAAAGAGUUUCUCAAUGAAUUGGUAGAAGCAGGUCAUAUCCCAAAUGCCAUCACUUAUACGACAGUAAUGAAGUGCUGCUUCAGAUGUAGACAAUUUGAAGAAGGCCUUAAAAUCUUUGCAGAGAUGAGGAGGAAAGGAUAUACAUAUGAUGCCUUUGCUUACUGUACAGUUGCUAGUAUGUUACUUAAAACCGGGAGGAUGAAUGAGGCCAAUGAGUACCUGGGCUAUAUCAUUACAAAUGGCUUUGACCUUGAUACGGUGUCUUUUAACAACAUUAUUAAUCUAUAUUGUAAGGAAGGUCAGCUGGAUAAUGCUUAUAAGUUGCUGUACGAGGCGGAAAAAAAAGGCUUGGAAUCUGACAAGUACACCCAUACUAUCUUAAUUGAUGGCUUGUGCAGGACUGGUAAUUUCAAAGAGGCCCAGCAACAUUUGGACUGUAUGAGUAUGAUGGGUUUUGAUUCUAACUUAGUUGCUUUGAAUUCUUUUAUUAAUGGGCUGUGUAAAGCUGGUCACCUUGAUCAUGCUUUGCAGAUGUUUGAAUCAAUGGAUGCCAAAGAUUCCUUUACUUACUCCACUAUAGUGCAUGGUCUUUGCAAAGCUGGGAGGUUUCGUGCAGCAUCUAAGCUAUUACUAUCGUGUGUUAGAGGUGGCAUGAGAAUUCUUAAAUCAAAUAAACGUGUUGUUAUUACUGGCCUUCGUUCUUCUGGGUUUUCGCAUGAAGCAAGGAAGGUCCAGUCUAAAAUUCGAUUGGCUAAGAUACUGCAUUAUUAAUUAGGAAUGGUGCUCAACGCUGCCACUCAAAUGUUAACCUUAUUAAUUGCCUACGGUUUUGCACUAUAACGCUUUAUGGAGGCUGAAAAACCUCGAGCGUUAAUGCAACUGAGAAUACAACCUACAGUAACCAGUUUCAAGUCAAGUAUUCGAUCCUCUUGUAAGAGGCAAACACAAUGACACUUCUGUCAGGAGGUUGUUAAUUAUAUACUUUCCCUCACCCUAAGGAUACUGAUGACAUGCUGUUGAAAUUGUGAAGAGUUAUUCUGUGGAAGUAAAAGCAUGCUUUAUCACAGAUGCUAAACAACUAGGCGGGUCGGACUCAUGACAUUCUGGGCUCUGAAUCCGAAAUCAUUAAGCAGUUGUGAUUGGCUGAAGAUAAAUCAAAGGUGAGGAUUGUAUUCCUCACCUUGAGCCAAUCAGUUCAAGGAGUGACUCUUUUCUGCAGCAUGACAUUCUGGGCUCUGAAUCCG